CGCAGUUUAGUAUUUUUCUGAAGAACCAACUUUGGUAAUACUAAGCCAGGGUGUGGGUGAUAAAGAUAAAUAAAUAAAUAAAUUCGAAAAAAUGGACAAGGAAAAAUUGAUUGUGCCCAACCAGAUAGGCUACCUGAUUCUAAAGGACGAUGGCGCCGUUCUAGAAUCCGGUGGAGAGCUCAAAAACGACGAGCGUAGUGCAAAUGUGAUAAUGGGCCUGCUAAAUCUUACUGAGAGUAUUGACGAACCUUUCAUGCCAAACAGCAGCUGUGAAAGGAUCACCAUAGACUACGAACAACAUUAUUACAGCAUUUGCAUGUCCAACCGUCGAAUAUACAUCGUGAAGAUCAGUAAAUCCCAGAAUGGAACCACUACGACCACCAGCUCCUCCUCGUCCAACAGCGUGUAUAACGAUGCCACCGAGGGAGGAGCAGUGCUGGCUUGAAACCCAAACUCGGAUAUACGCACCACCACCACAACCUGCCGCUUCUGUUGGCAGGGAAAUGGUCACAGACCCCACAAUUGGCGCACUCCCAUAUUCUAUUUGAUUCUCCUCUUUAUUUGUCAAAGAAUACAUCAUCUGUAAGCUCCUGCUCAAAAA